UAAUUAACUAGCUGUAACCCGCGGGCUUUGCCCCGUUUAACUUCUUAAUUUUCAAGAUUAUCUCGUUCGCAUGGCUCAAUCACGUCCUGGUUGAAGUUUGUUCGCUACGCUCACUCACCUUUAGGAUCAGAAUUUUACGACGAAAUAAUGUCGGUAUCAAUUGAAGUUGACGAAAUAGGAAAAAUUAAAAACUUUUUAAUGAAAAGGAACCAUGCUGACAAUUUAGUUUUACAAUCUCCAAUACCGAAAGUGUGUCAAGAUGAACCUUGCAAGUUGGGAGUGGAUGAGGCUGGAAGAGGUCCUGUUUUGGGUCCCAUGGUGUAUGGAAUAUCAUAUUGUCCAUUAAGCAAAGAAGAAGACUUGAAGAAACUUGAGUGUGCUGAUUCUAAAACUUUGACUGAGAAGAAAAGAGAAGAUAUCUUUGAUACAUUAAGUAAAGCUAAUGUAUUUGUUGGAUGGAUGGUAGAGGUGAUAUCCCCUAACUCUAUAUGCAAUAAUAUGUUAAAAAGGCAAAAAUGUUCCUUGAAUCAAGUAUCACAAGAUUCUGCCGUGGGAUUAAUACAGAGAGCACUUGAUGCUGGAGUAAAUGUGACCGAAGUCUAUGUUGACACGGUGGGAAUGCCUGAAAAAUAUCAGGAAAAAUUAUCAAAAAUAUUUCCACAUUUGAAAAUAACAGUGGCAAAGAAAGCGGAUUCCCUCUACCCGAUUGUGAGUGCAGCCAGUAUAUGUGCUAAAGUAACAAGAGACAUUGCUGUUCAGAAUUGGGUGUUUGAAGAAAAAAUUGAUCUGCCUGAAGGUCUAGCGUGGGGUAGUGGAUAUCCCGGAGAUCCGGAAACAGUGAAGUUCCUCAAAAGCAAAAUAGACCCUGUGUUUGGGUUCACUCAGCUGGUUAGGUUCAGCUGGUCCACGGCUCAGAAGCUUUUGGACGAACACGCAGUGCAAGUGGACUGGUCCGAUGAAGAGGAUGAGGAUAAUGGAACAAAAAACACUGCACCAAUUACAUCAUUUUUUAAACCAGCUGCAAAGAAGGCAAGAACAAAACAUUCAUUUUUUGUGGAUAGGUGUUUGAAAAAUGCUGAGGAAUUGUGAUUAUACAGAUUGUAAGUAUGAAAAAGUGACUGAAUUGUAUAAUAAUUUCCUGGUGUAUUAAAAUAUUGACAUUUUGCA